CUGACUUUACCUACAGCUGUUAGUUGAUAACUUGAUCUGAUAGAUGAUUGAUUAGAUCUUGAUCUAGAUAGAUCUUGUCUAGAUCUAAGUAACUUGGAACUAUUGUCUGUGUAUCAGUUUAAAGUUGGCUGUUUUUUACCCAAAAGUCAAAAUAAUGGCCAGAAAUGAAGAAAAACAGCUGGCUCGCUUAAAUCGAUUUUAUUUGAGCAAACAGAAAGAAGAGGAAUUUAAAAAGAGACCUCCUAGACCCAAACUUGAAUCCUUGAGCACAGUCUAUGAGAUAAAAAAGUGGCUGCCAUCUGUCAUGAGAGAUAUAGAGUUUUAUGUUAAGCAAAUGGAAGUAGCUUGCUACCCUGACCGUCAGAUCAAAGAAUUUGAAACUCGCAUUGAUCAUUUAAGGGGUGAAUACAAAGCAUUUGUGCGCAAAAUCAGGCAACUAGAGCCAGAUUUAAGUGCAACGCCCUGGUCUGAUCGUCCUUAUGCUGCAAAACAGAGAAAAACUGAAGCAAGUUCCACUUAUGUGGAAACAGUCAGUGAUAACUCUCCACCAGAUAAAGCAGAUACAACAACUAAGAAUGAGAACCUACAGCAGUCAUCAACUUCCUUUGUACCUAUACCUGUACCUGUCCUGAACAAUGAUGCCCUCUUGGAGAGAUGUUUUGGGUAUGGAGUACAGAGGGAGCCAACUCAAACAGAAACAAACCCAGAGAUACAAGAUAAGCCACUUGACUUCAACAAGAGAAAUCUGCCUGGCUACAACAAAUUCUGUGGUGGUGUCACACCCUGCCACCAAGAUGUGGCAGAUGGUGUCAGUGAAACUGUGCCAUGCUGUCAUGCCACUGUCAAACCCUGCCACCCUGAUGUGGCAGAUGGUAUCAGUGAAACUGUGCCAUGCUGUCAUGCCACUGUCACACCCUGCCACCAUGAUGUGGCAGAUGGUGUCAGUGAAACUGUGCUAUGCUGUCAUGCCACUGUCACACCCUGCCGUCAUGCCACUGUCACACCCUGCCACCAAGAUGUGGCAGAUGGUAUCAGUGAAACUGUGCCAUGCUGUCAUGCCACUGUCACACCCUGCCACCAAGAUGUGGCAGAUGGUAUCAGUGAAACUGUGCCAUGCUGUCAUGCCACUGUCACACCCUGCCACCCUGAUGUGGCAGAUGGUGUCAGUGAAACUGUGCCAUGUUUGACAAUGUCAAACCCACACUCUGGUGUUGGCAGUGUUACAACAGUGAGUGCCGAAGGAACAUUGAAUAUACCAUAUCCUGACUCUUCAUCCGAGGAUGAAAUCACAUAACCUCUAGUGCUCCGCAUUGUACAAAUUAUUGGACAUCAUUGUUUCUCAGGUAGUUCUUUAAAAAAACCCCUCUAAAUACAAAUAGAUUCUAUUUAGGAAGUUCUUCAGUAGGCCCUCUAUAGAGCAAGAUUGUUGAGUAGAUCUUCAUUGGCCUCAGUAGGCUCUCUGUAGUGCAAAAUGGUUGAGUGCAACCACUUCAUCUUGCAGACUGGGUACAGACCUUGAGGAGUUUCUAGCCUGUCUGGAUAGAUAAAUACAAAAACAGGCUUUGCAGCCAUUACUUUCUCAGACUUUAUAUAGGCAAACUGUUGUUUUUUCCAGCGUUAAUAUUAUUAAAGCCUGCCAUAUAUUUAGACAUAUGUUCAAUCUUUCCUGUCAACAGAUUAGCUGUAUAAAAAACAAAACCCACAUACUUUACUGAAAGGAAAACUUUUAACUUAGUUUUGAUUUUCCUUUCAAUGAAACUCAUUAUUAAAAUCGCAGGAGUUUCACCACAAACAAUAUUACUAUAUAAAUCAGUCAAUAAUAUAAUGUAAUUUAAAGUUUUAGCUUUUAUUAUACGAAUAAGUCAAAAUUUUAUUACCUUUUAAAACCAAGAUUUGUUUUUUAAAAUUUCUUUUAAUUAUUAAAUUUUUAAAAUACUAGUUCAUAUUUUUUUAAUACUAUUUAUAUUAUAAAUUACAAUGAAUAAGUCAUAAGGACAAACUUUGUGGGUGGUAAUUAUUUACCAGAGCCCAUUUUUAGCUAUGGACGUUUUUGU